AUGGCCACGCAUCUCCGAGACGAUGAAGAUCAGUCGCGCGUCGAUGAGCAACUUUCCCAGUCGAUCGGCUCUGCAGGGUCCAUCGGCCUUGACUUGCAGUCAACCGCACUGCCGGUCACCCAGUCCCCCGGUGACUACGACACUUCCCACGUGUCGUAUGUGAACCAGUCAUCCGUGUCUGCAGGAUUGGCGCUCGGCGAUGUGUACAGCUACUCCCCUGAGACUGUCGCAUCCGAGCUCUGGACAACAGACCUCGCCUCGACGCGAUGGCUCGGUCUGCUCGCCACCGACGCGGCGCAGGCCGACAGUGGGUUCUCUCUAGCUCCGAGUCCCGCCCCGGAGGAUGAUGAGCAGAGGCGCGCGGCGGUACACCAUGGUCCGCCCGAUGCGACGAACCUUGAGUAUCGGCUCAACAAUGUCUCGGACCCGGAGCGGAAGACAUGGCAGGCGGACAAGGAUAUUGUCUUGUCAAGUCGGGAAGCUGUUCUCUUCCGCCACUUUACAGAGCGAUCGGCCCGUUGGCUGGAUCUGCUUGAUCACCAGAAGCUCUUCUCCACUUAUGCAGUGCGGUUGGCAUUGAGGAACGCAGGACUCAUGAAUGCCAUUUUAGCAUUGUCAGCCAAACAUCUCUCCAAGUUAGAAGGGGAGCAUCCAGAAUCGGAACCUGGCAUCGCGCCCGGCAGUCGUGAUUCUGGCGGCGAGUGGGUUCGGUAUUACUACGAAACCCUCCGCUAUGUUCAGGAAGCAUUAGCUUACACCAGCUACACUGCUUCAGAAGAGCUCAACGCCACCGCUAUUGUCAUCUCUGCUUACGAGAUGUUGGAUGAAUCAGAUGGUAGAGGGAACUGGCAGCGGCACCUCAAAGGCGUCUUUUGGAUUCAGAGAUCUCAAGAUGUCAACGGAGCCUCCGGUGGACUCCGGCAGACAGUCUGGUGGUCUUGGCUCCGACAAGACAUCUGGGCCGCCUUCCGAGAAAAAAGGCGUUGCUUGAGCUUCUGGGCAGCGGACAGAGAUUUCCACGAGCUUGAUCAGCAUGGUUUGGCAAACAGGGCCAUAUACUUACUGUCGCGCGCAGUGAACUACUGCGCCUACUCCCGCAUGAUGGAGGCUUCGCCUGACGCCUCAGCCUCAAGCAAUAGAGCUCGCGCGGGCCAUGAGAUGUUGGCUGAGAUGGAGAGGUGGAAGUCGUUCUUGGGCGAUGAGUUCAAGCCUCUUCCGACCCCAACAACUCCGUCCGAUGUCUUUACCCCUCUCUGGGUUCAUCCACCUCAAUUUGGAGUCGCUCUUCAAGCGUAUUCUUUUGCUAAAAUCCUUGUGCUUCUACACAAACCAGUUUCAUCUGGGUUUGAUGGUUAUCUCAAGAUGCAGCGAACGCUCUCGGAGGCAGUCGACACGAUAUGUGGCAUUGCGAUGGAGUUAACGGACGAGGGGUGCCAGAUACUCUCUGCACAAUGUCUUUACGGUGCCGGAUUAUGUGUUCAGGACUCCUCAAAGAGAGAGAAGAUUCUUUCUCUGAUGGAGAAGAGUGAAGACAUAGUGGGUUGGACGCCAAUGGCAACGUGGCGGAACGACUUGAGGCAGGCGUGGACUAACGCUGACUGCCAGAGCCCUGACACCAUGCGAUGA